UCACAAGGUGAAUUUCCAACAACAAAAGUAUAACUGUUUCAAUUUAGUCAAUUUGUGUUAAUUAUUUGGGCCAAAAUGCAAGGAAUCGCCAAGAACGUUUGUAAUUUCGUCUUUAAUUCAGUUAAGCCUGGUCUCAGUUACUCUACCAACACCUUUAAAUUAAUUCCUGCAAUUAAUAGUAGAUGUCAACAGAGAAGGUAUGCCUCCCAAUCAUCCGGCAGUGUGAAACAUGGUAAAAUCGUCGCCGUCAUUGGUGCCGUCGUCGACGUUCAGUUUGAUGAAGGAUUACCCCCUAUUCUUAAUGCCUUAGAGGUUGAAAACCGUAAACCCAGACUGGUUCUUGAGGUGGCUCAGCAUUUGGGAGAAGGUGCUGUAAGAACUAUCGCUAUGGAUGGUACUGAAGGUUUAGUUAGAGGUCAAGCAGUUUUGGAUACUGGUGCACCAAUUACCAUCCCUGUUGGUCCUGAGACCUUGGGUAGAAUUAUGAAUGUCAUUGGAGAGCCCAUUGAUGAAAGGGGCCCAAUCAGCACUGAUAAAUUCUUAGGAAUUCAUCAAGAUGCUCCUGCUUACACUGAAAUGAGCGUCGAACAAGAAAUUCUUGUUACCGGUAUUAAAGUUGUAGAUCUCUUGGCUCCUUAUUCAAAGGGAGGUAAAAUUGGUCUUUUCGGUGGUGCUGGUGUCGGCAAAACUGUAUUGAUUAUGGAACUGAUUAACAACGUUGCUAAGGCUCAUGGUGGUUACUCUGUAUUCGCCGGUGUAGGAGAAAGAACUCGAGAAGGUAACGAUUUAUACCAUGAAAUGAUUGAAGGUGGUGUCAUCAGUCUUAAGGACAAAACUUCUAAGGUCGCUCUUGUAUACGGUCAAAUGAACGAGCCUCCUGGUGCUCGUGCCCGAGUCGCUUUGACUGGUCUUACAGUCGCUGAGUAUUUCCGUGAUCAAGAAGGUCAAGAUGUGUUGCUUUUCAUUGACAACAUUUUCAGAUUCACUCAAGCCGGUUCAGAAGUAUCUGCUCUUUUAGGUCGUAUUCCAUCUGCUGUCGGUUAUCAACCAACCCUCGCAACUGACAUGGGUUCUAUGCAGGAACGAAUUACCACCACCAAGAAGGGAUCAAUUACUUCAGUACAAGCCAUUUACGUACCAGCUGAUGACUUGACUGAUCCUGCCCCUGCCACCACUUUCGCUCACUUGGACGCUACCACUGUACUUUCUCGAGGUAUUGCUGAGUUGGGUAUUUACCCCGCUGUCGAUCCCCUUGAUUCAACCUCCCGUAUCAUGGAUCCCAACAUCGUCGGAGAGGAACAUUACGGUGUUGCUCGAGGUGUCCAAAAGAUUCUUCAGGAUUACAAAUCUCUUCAAGAUAUCAUUGCCAUCUUGGGUAUGGAUGAAUUGAGCGAAGAGGAUAAAUUAACUGUAUCAAGAGCCCGUAAAAUCCAACGAUUCCUUUCCCAACCUUUCCAGGUUGCCGAAGUUUUCACCGGUCAAGCUGGUAAAUUUGUAUCAUUAGCAGAAACAAUUAAGGGUUUCAAAGCCAUUCUUGCCGGUGAAUAUGAUCACCUUCCUGAAGUUGCUUUCUACAUGGUUGGCCCAAUUGAAGAAGUUGUAGAAAAGGCCCAAAAACUUGCUUCCGAAGCUAACUAAACAAACUGAAAAUAAAACCCACCACUUAGAGAGAUGAACAAAACGAAAUGUUUUGGGGAUAAUUUUAAAUAAAUUAAAUCAAAUUAAUCAUUGAAGAAAAGAUGCUAACAUCCAACAUAAAAUCACACAACCAUCACUGAUUAUACUCCUAUUGAGAUAGAUGAUAUUAGGGUCUCUCCUUGGAAAAGCUGUUCAUAAAUCUGUUAUCUGAAUAAAACCAAUUCUUUCCUUAAA